AUGGCCAGCCCCGCGCGGGCCGGUUUCCCCGCGCGCAAGAACAGCCGCCUGGACGCGUUCCUGCGGAGGCAUCUGCCGCCCGAGGUCUACGACGCCAUCCGCGCUUACGAGCCGUACAUCGUGGUAUCCGACACGGCGAAACACACCUUAAAGUACGUGGUGCUCAGUGACCAGCUCAUCUACCUGACCGAGAACCCGCCCCAGUCCAUCCGGCGAGUCGGGGCGCUCCGGGACACCGUGGCCAUUGACCUGGUGAGGCGCGCGGGCGGGAUCGCUAGAACCCCCCUUCUUGGGGCCCCCAAUCCCUCCUGCACGCGGGAAGGAGUACCUUCCUCACCCUGCCCUGGACUCCAAACAUUGCCUGAUACAGUCAAAGAAGAGAAUAAUGGCCCUGCCUUUUGGAGAGCCAAAAAGCCUAAAAGUUUGAAUGAAUCCCUUUUCAGAGAACAGAGAACCAGCACACCACCAUCCAAGGACUCAACUCUUGGCCCUCCUUCAGACUUCAAGAAGCUGUCCCUUCAUGGCCAAAGUGCCUGUCGACCCUUACCUACCCCCUCCAGGAGGAGCUGUCAGCCCACAUCAGCCACUAGCAAGGCUGUCGGUGUGCCAUUUUGCACCACAAACACAAAAGAACCCCAGGGACUUUUAGAUCACAAAGACUCUCUAAGUGAAAUCCCUUUCAAGUGCAAUGGGAACGGAAAUGAGUUUUACUUAGGAAAUUCCUCUCUGGCCUCCCCUUUACAGAGUAACCCAAACCUAGAGAAAAAGGAGUCAAAACUUCAUUUGUACAUUAUUUCCACAACUUCAUCAAUAUUCCUGUACUUUAAAAGUUCAUGGAACAAUUAUGUUAUAAAAGCUACUCUUUUACAAGAUCCCCUAUAUGUUAGUGAGCUCAGUCCUGCCACUGGAAGUCAAAAGCCAUAUAGAUCUGAGGAGAAAAUUAAGCACUUCAGUCAACUUAAAUCUGAACUUUUUCUUAAAGACAAUACUUUGAGGAAUAUACUUUGUUUAAUUACAGAACUUAAAGUAGCAGCCCCGAAAAACUUCAUUCUGAAAAGGCUUUUCUGGAAAACCAGUGACCUUUUCUAUUUCCUAGUGAACAAACUUCAUGAGUACUUGCCAGAGUCUAGGGAUAAGAAUGCACAUCAAAAUAAAAGCCAAAGUGUUGAUGAGCUGGUGGCAUGCAUCGAAAUUAUACAGACUCUGGGACUGAUGUUCAGAGAAACAGAAACUGAGGCAUCACGCCUGAACACAUUGGCAGCUAAGAAAGGAACACUAUUUAACCUCUUGGUAAUUUUAAUUAGCGAGCCUCAGAUUCUAAAAUCUUGUCCUGUGUUUGACAUCCAGUUGGUGGCUGAUUCAGCUUUAGUUGCGAUGUCUUUUGAUGUUGAGUUACAGAAGCUUAUCCUGGAAUAUACAGAUACAGCUACAGUACUUUUAUAUGAGAUACUUCUUGUCUUUCAGCAGGGAAAUCUUGGAUUGGGGUCUCAGUUUGUUAUUAGCUGGAUGAUGUCCUUUCUACAAAAUUGUCCUCCCAUAAUUACUUUUGUUGCCAGAAUUGUGAAACGAGUGGUGAAGGGGCUUUCAGCUUCAUUUCAGCUGCUAAGUCCUGGCCAAGCAGUUCUGUUAUACCAGCAGUUUUACAUCCUCAAGAGCUGCCUGCAGUACAGCAAGACUUUAGCUGAAUAUAUGAGGAAUGACUACAGAGAAGAAUUCAGGUAAG